GUGCCCUGGGUCCUCGUCAUCUCCCAGGACAACUUCUACAAGCCUCUGACGCCCGAGGAGUCGGCUCAGGCCCGCGCCAACAACCACGACUUUGACAGCCCCGACUCGUUCGACUACCCGGCCCUGCGCGACUGCGUGCGCGACCUCAAGGAGUGUCGAGCGGCCCAGAUCCCCAACUACUCGUUCGUCCACCACCAGCGCACCGACGAGACGACCUACCUGUACGGCGCCAAUGUCAUCAUCGUCGAGGGCAUCUUUGUCCUGUACGACAAGGGCCUGCGUGACCUCCUCGACCUCAAGGUGUACGUCCAGUGCGACUCGGACCUCAUGCUCGCCCGCCGGCUGCGGCGCGACCUCGUCGAGCGUGGUCGAGACGCCGACGGCGUCCUGACUCAGUACGUGAAAUACGUCAAACCGGCGCUCGACAACUUUAUCCAGCCGACCAACCGGUUCGCCGACAUCAUCGUGCCCGGCGAGCGCAACGAGCGGUCGAUCGAGCUCAUCGUGUCGCACCUCGAGGCCGAGCUCGGCAAGCGCCGGCGCGAGCUGCGCGGCGACCUGUACAAGGAGACGGUCCCGAACGGCGGCGGGUCUGGGAGCGCGGCGUGCGGAGCGAGCCAGGCGGCGGCACUGCCCGACACGGUCUACUUGCUCAAGGAGACGCCGCAGAUCCGGGGCAUCCACACGCUCCUUCGUGCGACCGACUCGGACCCGGAGGACUUCAUCUUCCUCGCCGACCGCCUGUCGACCCUCGUCAUCGAGCACGCCCUGUCGCUCCUCCCGUACCGGUCAAAGGCCAUCGAGACGCGCACCGGCAUCGCCCACGUCGGCAUGGAGCUCGACGUUCCCGCUGGCCACCUGUGCGGCGUGUCCAUCCUGCGGUCGGGCGCGUCGCUCGAGAAGGGCUUGCGGCGAGUCGUCGAGGACGUGCCCGUCGGGAGCGUGCUCGUCCAGAGUGACGCCCAGUCGGGCGAGCCCCUCCUGUACCAGGUCGCGCUCCCGCAGUGCCUCACGGCGUCGCGCGAGAGCGCCGCCAUGAGCUUCGUCCUCCUGCUCGACUCGCAGAUCGGGACGGGCGCGGCGGCGCUCAUGGCGGUCCGCAUCCUGCUCGACCACGGCGUCCUCGAGGAGCACAUCAUCGUGUCGACCAUCCUUGUUUCGCGCGUCGGCGGCAUCUGGGCGCUCAAGCGGGCUUUCCCCAAGGUCCGCAUCGUCAGCAGCAUGGCCGACGAUGGGCUCGAGGAGCGGUGGGAGAAGACGCACGGCGGCGAGAAAAAGCCUGACCUCUCUCGCCUGCAGAUCUUCACCAUCCUGCCCGGCAUGGGCUCGUUCGGCGACCGAUACUUCCGCUCUGAGCACACGGACUGA